GCCAUCAUCAAUUUUCCUACCGUAUAAUCCUCAUGGUUUUUAUGUGGUACUGAGCGUACUAGGUUUGUUGUUAUCACAUCAUGUAUUAACAGGCGUCUCAUCAUUCUUUAAAUAAGUUAUUCUUGUGUCUUUACCAUGGCAGCGGUAUCCGCGAAGGCACCUCUCGGAUGUGUUGGUUUGAGCGAAGGAGGUCUAAAUGGCGUUAAAAGAGUAGUCAAUCUCCAAUUCCGGGAUGGACAUCGUGCUCUCUUGACUCUCGUGGAGGGUUUGAGUAGUAAGUUAGAUAAGAUAUCUGCGGAUGCAGAACGACGAUUCGAGGAGUCUCAAAAUCAAUCGAAGGUUACUGAAAAUCGACUGGAGAAGUUGGAAAAUGCAAUGAGAGAAAUGAUUCAGAGAAAUAGAGAGAGCGAGAGUGAAGUGAAGAGUUUGAAGGAGGGGAUGGAGAGGUUCAGUCGGUUGAUGGGUUUACAAGCUACAUCUGCAGAGCCGAUUCUUGCUCGCGGUGGUAAUACAGAUUUACAACAGAAUCGGGGGUCAGCUGAAACUGCUUCGUCUGGUCAUGGUCUGAAUAUCGCGGAUCUGCAGAAUUUGGAAAUGCCAUCUGCCAUCACCUUUCCUCGGGGAAAUGCUAAUUCGCUUGAGCAACGUAUGUCUGCAUCCACUGCAGAGCAGCUCCAACCAGUUUCACAAUCCGUUUCGGUCUUGUCCCCAGAAACCAAUACAUCACUUCAUGAUCGCCACCCUCGUACGCCGAACAGACGCCGGUCGAGUCAAGCAAUAUCACCACUCGCACAAGAUGGUCCCACGAGCCCACCUCCUCGACUACCACUCGCAACUACUACACCGACAAAGAAGAAGAUUCAACCAUUGCCAAGCAAGUCAUUACCAAAUACGACAUCCCGCAAACCCGCCCAUCCCCCCUGCUGGAUCAACAUCUCGCAAACCCCAAAUCAAACCAUCGAGGCCUAUCUAGCCCACGCGGCAAAAUACAACAAGGCAAUUAAAUCUCGCAAGUCUCGAUUCGAGUUUAUUGCAAGAUUUAUCCGUGGAUUGCUGAGCGAGAAGGAUCGCGAUGUCUUGCUUAAGCAGUUGCAAAAGAAAUUCCAAUCCCGAACUACGAAAGAUGGAUUCGUGGAGGUUAUGUGUGGUUUUUCUGACGUGGGAGAGGGAUUGCUGGCUGCGGGGUUGAUUGUUGGAGGUGGAGGUGGAGGUGGAGGUGUGAGUGGAAAGAGAGGUGGUGGUCAUGAUGCUGCCAUGGAUCAUGGCGAGAUGGAUACACUACAUCAGAAGAGAAGAAAGACGUUUGAAUCUCAGUUGUCGAAUGAUGAUGAGUUGUAAGAUGUCUGUCUGCUUGCUUAGCUUUUUUUUCCCCCAAAGAGAAUGCUAGCUUGAAAUGGUAAUAUCUAUUUGUGGAUGUGGAAAUAUAAUAGCAGUCAGUCACCGUCAACGUUGCAUGCUCGGAUAUUAUGCAGAGAAAAUAAUGGGUUUACAUUGAAAAAGUAGCUAAUACGUAGAACUGGAGCUUGCGGUGCUCGAAUAUAAUAGCAUAGAUGCCUUCCCGCGCUAAGAAUAUCAUACA